AUGUAUACAGCUACAAAAGUUGAACGAGCUCUUCUCAGUGUGUCAGACAAAUCUGGCAUAGUUGAAUUUGCUAAGAGUCUCGGUGAACUUGGCUUAGAACUUGUUGGAUCCGGUGGGACAGCCCAGUCAAUUCGAAAUGCUGGGUUAGCAAUUGAGGAAGUGUCUAACAUCACUCGUUGUCCUGAGAUGCUGGGUGGUCGAGUUAAAACUCUUCAUCCAGCUAUUCAUGGUGGAAUACUUGCUAAACCUACUGAUUCUGAUGUAAAGGAAGUGGAGGAUCUUGAUUAUCGACUAAUUAGAGUGGUGGUCUGUAACCUUUAUCCAUUUGUGAAAACAGUGGCUGCUCCUGAUGUCACCCCAGAAGAAGCUGUGGAAAAAAUUGAUAUAGGUGGUGUAACACUUCUUCGUGCUGCAGCAAAGAAUUUUGCACGUGUUACUGUUGUCUGCGACCCUGAUGAUUACAGCAGAGUUAUUGAGGAAAUGAGAAAUUCUCCAACAAAGAAUACAACUGAAGAAACAAGAAAGCGUUUGGCUGUCAAAGCUUUCAACCAUACAGCUGAAUAUGAUGCAGCCAUAUCUGAUUAUUUCCGCAAAACUUUCAGUCAGAAUGUGUCUCAAUUGCCCUUGCGUUAUGGUAUGAAUCCUCAUCAAAAACCAGCCCAGCUCUACACCACCCAACCCAAUUUACCCUUAAAAGUUAUGAAUGGUUCUCCUGGUUUUAUCAACUUGUGUGAUGCUCUGAACGGUUGGCAAUUGGUACGAGAACUAAAAAAUGCCCUUGGUCUGCCAGCUGCUACUUCAUUCAAACAUGUCAGCCCUGCUGGAGCUGCUGUUGGUGUUCCUCUGAGUACAGAACAAGCCCAACUUUGUAUGGUGAGUGACAUAAAGGACCUUACCCCACUGGCCACUGCUUAUGCACGGGCUCGAGGGGCUGAUCGGAUGUCAUCAUUUGGCGAUUUCAUUUCACUGUCAGAUGUGUGCGAUGUACCCACAGCAAAAAUAAUCUCACGUGAGGUUUCUGAUGGUAUCAUUGCUCCUGGUUACCAGACAGAAGCCCUGGAGAUUCUCAAGAAGAAGAAGAAUGGUAACUACUGUGUCCUGGAAAUUGAUCCUGAGUAUGAUGCUCCUGAAAUAGAGACAAGAACUUUGUUUGGUUUGCAACUUCAACAAAAGCGUAACAAUGGCCCCAUUAGCAAGAGUCUUUUUGAUAAUAUUACAUCUGAAAGGAAAGAGCUUCCUGAAUAUGCCAUUCGUGAUUUGAUCGUAGCAAGUAUUGCCCUGAAAUAUACACAAUCCAAUUCUGUCUGUUAUGCACGAGAUGGUCAAGUCAUUGGAAUUGGUGCUGGACAGCAAUCUCGUAUUCAUUGUACUCGAUUAGCAGGUGACAAAGCUAACAACUGGUGGCUUCGUCAGCACCAAAAGGUUUUAGGGAUGAAAUUCAAAAAAGGUGUGAAACGAGCUGAAAUCUCCAACGCAAUUGAUAUCUACGUACUUGGAACUGUAGGACAGGAUAUGAAAACUUCAGCUUGGGAAGACAUGAUGGAAAAUCCACCAAGUCCAUUUACUGAAGAUGAAAGGAAAGAGUGGAUACAGAAAUUAACUGGGGUCUCUUUGAGUUCUGAUGCUUUCUUUCCAUUCCGUGACAAUAUUGACCGUGCCUACCAGAGUGGGGUUGAAUUCAUUGCGUCUCCUGCUGGAUCAGCCAAUGAUCAAGCUGUGAUUGAUGCCUGUAAUGACCAUAACAUUGUUCUAGCUCAUACCAAUAUGAGGCUUUUUCAUCAUUAA